AUGUCCACAUUUCAAGUAACACACUAUCAAGACACCUAUCUCACUACUCUCCACGUCUUCAAAGAGGCUGAAAUUAACAGAUCCUAUUGUGAUUACGUUCAUGUCAAAGAUGUUCAAAUGAUUUUAUCACAAGGAGAUUGGUAUGGAAAGGGUGUUCAAUCAGAGGAACGUAUUGCUACUGCAAUCAAGACAGCUCUUGGAAUUAACAAUGUUAUUCAAGUUGCUGUGUGCUCUUCUCCAAAGCUUGAUAAGAAAGCAAAUCUACAAGACGUAGUUGCUAAAGAGUAUUGGGUUGUUUAUAAAUAA